AUGGAAAUUAAAAUGUCGAGUAAAUUAAUAGUCGCGCUGGAUUUUUCCUCAGCAGAUCAGGCGCUGGAGUUUGUGAAUCCUUUAUCUCCACCUGAUUGCAAAUUAAAGGUGGGCUUUGAGCUUUUUGUCAGUGCAGGUCCUGAUUUAGUGCGUACACUGACAGGCAAAGGGUUUGAUAUUUUCUUAGAUUUGAAAUUUCAUGAUAUCCCUAAUACUGUUGCAUCGGUGUGUAAAGAGGCUGCUAAGCUUGAUGUGUGGAUGAUGAAUGUACAUGCUUCGGGUGGUUUGGAGAUGAUGUAUGCCGCGCAUGCUGCGUUAAGUGAGUUGGCAUGUCCUCCUAAAUUAAUAGCAGUUUCAGUGCUAACCUCAAUGAACGAUGAGCAACUCCAAGAAACAGGGGUUGAUCGUUUAGCCAAAGAUCAGGUGUUUCAUCUUGCUGGUUUGGCUAAACAGGCGGGGUUAGACGGUAUGGUGUGUUCUGCUCAAGAAGCCAAGGCAUUACGACAACAGUUCGGGGAUGAGUUCCUGCUGGUCACGCCAGGGAUUCGGCCAGUAGGAGCCGAGAGAGGAGAUCAGUCGAGGGUUAUGACACCACGCGAUGCGAUUCAAGAAGGGGUGGACUAUAUCGUUGUUGGGCGUCCAAUUACGCAGUCAAGUACACCACUAGAGAUUAUCCGUCAGAUUAAUGCUGAUCUAGUACAUCAACCAGUAUAA